GGAUCGCCGCCGCCAGCAAAUUAAGGCUCCGGGCAGCGAGCGCCGGGGCGCAGUGUUCCUGGCUCUGCGCCGCGCUCCGCACGCCCGCGCCCUAGCAGCGGCGCUAGGCUGAUCGCCACCUCAGCCUGGGACGCCCCGGCCGUCCCUAGCCCCAGAGGGAGGAAAGACGCUGACGGGAUGCUCCGGGACCCCGGGGCUUUGUGCAGCUGAUGCCCAUUUCCGCCUUCGGGCUGUGCAGCCUGUCGUCCUGCCGAGCGUCCCGGGGCGUGCGCACCCGCUGGAGUGCCCGGUGGGUCCUCUCCUCUCUGGCUGCUUCGAAGUCUCUGCGGCUCUGUGGCUUUGCGGUGGGUGAUAGAGGCUAGUGCGGAGCUCUGAGAGGUUGGAGCUGACUCUUCUGGAGUCUCUGGCCCCGCUGUGACUGCUCUCGGAAACUUUGCACUGUGUUUCGGGUCUUUGUCUCCCUUGGGGAAGCUGGACGGCAGUUCAGCCGACCCCGUCCCUGGCCAGGACCGCGUGCUGGGGACCAUGGAGUUCACGGCGUCGCCCAAGCCCCAACUCUCCUCCCGGGCCAACGCCUUCUCCAUUGCCGCGCUCAUGUCGAGCGGGGGCUCCAAGGAGAAGGAGGCGACGGAGAACACCAUCAAACCCCUGGAGCAAUUUGUGGAGAAGUCGUCCUGUGCCCAGCCCCUGGGUGAGCUGGCCAGCCUGGAUGCUCACGGGGAGUUUGGUGGAGGCGGUGGCAGCAGCCCAUCCUCCUCUUCUCUGUGUACUGAGCCGCUGAUCCCCACCACCCCCAUCAUCCCCAGUGAGGAAAUGGCCAAAAUCGCCUGCAGCCUGGAGACCAAGGAGCUUUGGGACAAAUUCCAUGAGCUGGGCACCGAGAUGAUCAUCACCAAGUCGGGCAGGAGGAUGUUUCCCACCAUCCGGGUGUCCUUUUCCGGGGUGGAUCCUGAGGCCAAGUACAUAGUCUUGAUGGACAUCGUCCCUGUGGACAACAAGAGGUACCGCUACGCCUACCACCGGUCCUCCUGGCUGGUCGCUGGCAAAGCCGACCCACCGUUGCCAGCCAGGCUCUAUGUGCACCCAGAUUCUCCUUUUACGGGUGAGCAACUACUCAAACAAAUGGUGUCUUUUGAAAAGGUGAAACUUACCAACAAUGAACUGGAUCAACAUGGCCAUAUAAUUUUGAACUCAAUGCAUAAGUACCAGCCAAGGGUACACAUCAUUAAGAAGAAAGACCACACAGCCUCAUUGCUCAACCUGAAGUCUGAAGAAUUUAGAACUUUUAUCUUUCCAGAAACAGUUUUUACGGCAGUCACAGCCUACCAGAAUCAACUGAUAACCAAGCUGAAAAUAGAUAGCAAUCCUUUUGCCAAAGGAUUCCGGGACUCCUCCAGGCUCACUGACAUUGAGAGGGAAAGUGUGGAGAGCCUGAUUCAAAAGCAUUCCUAUGCGCGCUCACCCAUCCGUACCUAUGGAGGAGAAGAGGAUGUCUUGGGGGAUGAGAGUCAGACAACCCCAAAUCGAGGGUCAGCCUUUACAACAUCUGAUAAUUUGUCACUAAGUUCCUGGGUAUCAUCUUCUUCCAGUUUUCCUGGGUUUCAGCACCCACAGUCCCUGACUGCUCUUGGCACCAGCACAGCAUCCAUAGCAACACCCAUUCCUCACCCCAUCCAGGGUUCUCUGCCUCCAUAUAGCCGACUGGGAAUGCCUCUGACCCCAUCGGCCAUUGCCAGCUCCAUGCAAGGGAGUGGCCCCACAUUCCCUUCAUUCCACAUGCCGCGAUACCAUCACUAUUUUCAGCAGGGGCCCUAUGCUGCCAUUCAAGGACUGCGCCAUUCCUCUGCUGUGAUGACGCCAUUUGUAUGACUCUUCUAAAAAUGGGAGAAUCCAGAUCCAGAAUGCGCAAAUGGGUAUGGAAAUAUAGGACAGGGCUGGGUGGGUGGGAUGGGGGUACUGGAGCAGGGGCUUUCCAGGAGACAUGGGAACUAUCAAAGAGGAGAGCUGGACUCACAAUAAAACCUACCACUGAGGGAAUGCACCAUGGACCAGGAUUCAUCUGUAGUUGGGGGACAGCUCUUGGGUUCAGGAGAGAAUCCAUGUAAAGUUCUCAGCCAGCUUGAAAGUUUAAUAAUACAAGGCUGAUGAAUCUUAAGGUGCAUUAUUCCUCAUGGUUAAAAUGCUGUGUUGAUGCAGUAAUGUAUAAAAUCAUUGUGUAUGAGGUUUCAUUCUGCUUUUCACAGGAUAAAAGACUCUUCAAAGAGGACAUACUAUAUAGCAUACUGACCAUGAUGACUAACUGAAGUCAAUUUAUCCCUGUAGAAAAUUGGAGCCAGUAGAAAAUAUUUGUAGUGAUGUAGCAUAAGCAUGUUUAGUUUUCUUUUGUGUUAGUCUGCUGGGGAAGGAGCUGAGAUAAUGCUAAUGCAUCCUGUUUUGUGGAUGAAUACAUGGUAAUGACUUCACAAAGUUCUAUUUGUAAUAUUGAAGGGCCAGUAACCAACAAGCGUGGUUUUCACAGUCUUCUUUCUUCCUUGUUCUCUUUAUUGCAAAUACUUGCCAGAGUUAGGAUUAGGGCUAGAGUUAUGGAGGAAAAAUCUUCCAUAUACAGUUUUGAAGCAAGAGCCUCUCUAUGUUACAUGGUAAAACUGAAGGUUGAUUUUUCUGGGCUGCAUUCUAAACACUACUGACUAAUUCACUGAGGAAUACUCCAAAGCCUAGGUAUGUUGUUAUGUGAGGCUUGCUUUCACUUACAGCUGCAGCAGAAAGAUGGUUGUUCAAUUCCAAAAGGAGUUCUCUGCCAUUGGUGCCAGAGGUCCCUUCACUUUCACUUCAGUUUUGGGAGACCUUAUGGAUGUUGAAAUGCAUCCAGACAAAUUCUCAUUUUCAGUAAAUCUGCUUUGUUGUUACUGCCAGUGAUUGACAGGGAUUUAAGAAUGACCAUUCUAAACGCCGGGAUGGCCAUGACUUAACCUAUACUCCUGAGUGGAAAUGUGUCCAUACAUCUAAUUUGGCCUUUUUUCUUACUGUGUUACAUUCAAUGACUCCAUUACCAUUUUGCUAGGUCUGUAAUAUUAAACCACUUGUUAAUGUAAUGGCUCCUUAACUGAAAUGUUGGUAGUUCUUAUAAGUAAACUAAAGCAUUCUUUAUUUUCAGCUUUUGCUAUCUUCUUAAGCUUCUUUUAAUGUGUUUAUAAUAGUAACAAAUUAUAUUUUAGUUCUAUAUGACCUGUAUAUUGUUUUUGAACAACAUAUAUAUAAGCAUUUAUAGUCAGGGUAACACAUCUGGCAUUUUGCAACAGUUUAUUUCCCUAAUAACAGAGAUUUAAUGAAAUUAAUAGUUUUUCAACUUUAGAUUUAAUGCACUUCAACUACAGGAUGUAACCUGUUCUCUUAGCAAAUUUCUGCAAAACUCUAAUUUAAUUUUUGUAUGUAAUAUUCAUUUUACUCUUCUUGCUACAAAAGUAUUGAAUCUGUUAAAAGAGAUGGGAACUAUUUCUAUUGACAGGAGAAGUAUAUUUGGGAGGAAAUGCAAUAUACUUAUCACAUCAGACUCCCAAGGGAUUUUAUUUGAUGGUUUUAAUGUUAGCCUCUUUCAUAUCACAUGCCUUUCUUGGGCACUUUCAGCCUAUGAAACAAGGCAUCACGGCACAGCCUGUCUAGGUGAUGCUGUUGUUGGAUUUUGCACUUGCUAUUGUCCACUAUACUCCACAGUUUACUUACAGAAAAGCAUGGGCUGUGUUAACAAAGCAUCUCACAAUCCUACAGCAAACACUGUGGGCUAAUUUUUAACUUGUUGCAUGUUAGGCUGUAGUAUCCACAGGUAGUUUGUUUUCAAACAAAGUACAGAUGUGUAUUUCUUUUAAAAAGCAGUUAUGAGUAAUGUUUAAACUAUCCAUAGAGCUAGGAUAGGGGUUUAAUAUUUAAUAGCUGGUCUGUUGCCAGCAUUCCUUUGAAUAUAGAGUACUGCUGCUUAAAGCAGGAAUAACAAAAAAUGUUUUACACAAUACUACUCAAUAACCCUGAUAAAUUACUGGUCCACUAAGGUGAAUCUGUGUCUGAAUUUUCUUUUUAAAGAGGAUGAAAAGAUUGUUUUAACACAUACUGUUUUGACAUUUCUACCAUCUGUGGGUCUCAAAUAGAUUUGUGUGUUUUUGUUAAAUAUGGAUUUACACUAGUAUUUCCUGACUUUCUAAUUUUAUUUUGUAAUUAAGCAAUACACGGCUACAAAUAAGAAUGUUUAGAGAAAACAAAGACUAGUCAGACCUAAAAUUCUAAAUUGGAUAUAUAUAUUUUAAGUAUUAUUCAAAACAGAGAAAAGAAGCACAAGUGAAAUAGAGCUUAACCUAAUCAGAGUCACUUGAGCCGUGGAAACCAAGGGGUAGAAAUUUUGCCUACCUGGGCCUUUCUGAGGUAUCCUGGUGGUUGAUUCUUAUUAAACCCUUGUGGGUUUAGUAUUUAAAAUUCCAAAGCCCAUUCUAGCAAAAUUAAUUUCAAGAACUACAUAUUUAAUGGGAAAGCCAAUUGAAUAAUAAAGAUCAUGAAUUAUAAUAUAUUUAGAAUAUAGUCAGGGUCUCCCCCAACCCCGAGUAUAUUACGGUGUCAAAAAGCUUGGCUAAUGGGAAGUGCUACUAAAAAGAGGUCCUGCCAGAUCUGCUUUAUCUAAUCCCAAGGAAUUAAUUCAGAACUUAAUAGGUUUUGCAAUUGGGAUUUGUUUUUAAAACAUCAAUAAUUCUGAGUAGAUUCAAUUUUUUUUUAAAUUUAGUCAGUCUUCCUGUCUCCUCUGUCUACCCUUGACAAUAUAUAGGUAAACAUAUCCAGCUUGUCUAAUACAUCACAGAUUAUUAGUUAACAAGGUCUAAAUUAGUGAACUUAUACUGUAUUGCUGGACCUUUUGAGUUAAUAACAAUGGUAACUUGUCCCAAGGCUUACCACGGUUCCUAGUAGGUGGGGACAGAGUAAGAGAUACUAAGAAGUUUCCUGGUCAGUCAUCAUCUAGUAAAGGCCCUGUGUAGGUCUAUAUUAUAGUAGGAGUUACAUUGACUUCUGGGGCAUUCCAAGGUCUCCCCUCCUUAUCCAUGUCUCCAUUAUUUUGCUUCUCCAGCCAGGACAACACGCUUUCUUCUCCAGCUGCUCCCUCCCCACCAAAAAGGAAAAAGAAAACUCUUUAAAAGGCCAAGGAACAAAUAUUCUUAGACGUAAAGCAUCCUCAUCCCAUGCUGCCUUUUUCAAAGAGAUGUUAGUAUAUUUACCCCAUUUCUGUAUUUCACAAUAGCUUUUCAGGCUGUCCUGCAUAUAUAAGCUGACUUAUAUUGAAAAAAUCACUUUCAAGUAAAGAGGAUGAAAUGACUUUACACCCCAUUAAAUACUCGUCAAGCUUCUCCAUGACUCAGUAACUAAAAAGUUCAAAAAAUCCAGUUAUGGAAUGUGCAGAGUAACAAACUGCAAGAAAAACAACUUAAUCUUCCAGUGACUAAGUAAGAAAAACUGUUGUCAUUAUUAAACUUGUAGUAGACUGAUAAUUAUUAUAAACAAAGCAGUACUCUACCCUAAAUCUAGACAAUGCACUGGACAGAACAUAAGAUUUUCAGCUUUCUCCUUUAAAGAGCUGUGCCUGGCUGGAGGAUGGGUUUUAUACAAGUUUUAAUGUUAUUUUAGAAUGUACGGAUUUGUUUUGUAAGCACACAUAGAGAAAGUUACAAACUUCUUAAAUUUUAGAAAACCAUCAAAUCCUUUCGUUGCUACUUAUAUUCUAUGCCAAUUAUAAUAUUCCAAGACUUAUCUUUCUUCAGAAUGCUUAAAUAUGGAAAGAUUCAUUUAUAAAUAUUUGAUAGGUAAAUAUUUCAUAUGUAUUUUCUAGCUCUUUUUUCUCUGUCCUUCUCUCAAAUAAUUUCACUACCCUCUCCUUUUUAAAUGAAAUAUCUUGAUAAUAAGAAAACAAAAUCAUUUUUGUGAAAUAAUACAUAUGGACAAAAAAUACAACUUGUAUUUUACUUCUGGUUCAUUAAAAUAUUAUGUUUUGUUGGCUUUUUUCCUCCCUUAUUUUCAGGAACAUAAAAGAAGUUGUUUUAUUUCCUAUGGUAUAAAAUUGGAUAAAGCCUCUUUAGUAGACACUAUCACAGUUCUGUUGUUUGCUGUGUUCAUUUGCUUAUGAAUUGCGUGAGAACAGUCACUGUAAUGAAAUGUGUGUGCUGGGGGUGGGGGAAGGGCAUGGGAAAUGUUUUAUGAAAAAAAGAAGUUAUAAGCCUAAUACUAUGAAGUAACAUCUAAUGCAGUUCUUUUUAAGUGCAAUAUAUUUAUUUCUGCUAGAAAUGUAUUAUCAACCUUAUGUAAUAUUUGAAGCAUUACAUAUUAUUUGUAAACAGCUUAAAAUUAUAUAUUACCCCAAUUGUACAUAAGUACAAAUGUGUGGAUAUUAGUUUCUUUCAUUAAAAAUUGUGUUUUUUUAAAAAUAUAUAUGCACCCACUUACACCUUUCA